UUCGUUGAUUGGAAACUAUCAAUUGUGAGCUGCGCCCAUAGCAAGACUUUCAACAGCUGCGAUAAUAACCCCAUUCUUGGCUUAGAUGACAUUAAUAUUAAUAACAUUUUCUAUAUAUGGUUGUUGCCAAAUUGAUGCAAAAACUUUCACUGACCCAUCAGUCAGCCAAGAUCGUAGUGUUGUUAAAAACCUAAUGGAAAUUGUAUUGACAACAUAAGAUCCAUAUGAAUUCAGUUUUAGUUGCUUCUAAGCCAGCGAAGAAAACAGUUGCGAGUUUCAAAUUUCGGGCAACAGAAUGCAAUUCCAGCUACGGGCAACAUUUCUGCUGCUGGCGUGGAUUGCUGCUGCAAGCCAGAUUCAAGCAGCCAGGACAACUGACUUGCAGGUACUCCAGUAUUGGGAGCCGCAGAUACAGAGUCCAGAAUACUCCGGCAGUCAGAUUGCUUAUCCCAAACGCGAAUUUGUACAGAGCAGAUUUCCCAGUGACGGACUCAAGCGGCAUCACCGCUUAUCGGAUCAACCAAAGGAAGCCUCUACCAGCACAACAGAGCGGCCUUUCUUUCGGGUCUGGAAUAGCUUCUUACGAAGCGUUCAGCCAAAUUUCGGCUUCCGCAAUUUGACCAAUCCACUGGCCAACUUGUUCAACAAUGGCGCGGCCAACAUAAUUGAAACGGCGCCCGUGCAAGCUGAGAUUUACACUGAUGAUCAACAGGCAGGUGAGGUGCAGCAAUCGUCUACAGCUGCGGCGCAGAGUUCCAAAAAGCGUAAGCGUAAGCGACGUAAGCAACAAAAGCGUCGACCGAUGUAUAGCUCACAGGAGCAAGACGAGCAUCCGUAUGACUACUACAGAACCACAUUGCACCAGCCUAUGUACUACUAUGGCCCUAAUGACUACUAUGGCAUGCGUCGCUUGCAAACGUUGUCGGACCUUGCUGCUCAGCCCAAUUACUAUGAUCAGUUCUACAAAGAUAGUUCAGUGGAAGGCGAUCUGCCGCAGUAUACGAUUGAGGAGAACGAGAACUUUGGCACACCUAGUACCAAACGCUUUGCCAUAGUCCGACCUAUCAGUUUGGCGAUUCAGCUGCCAAAUGGCGAUUCUUCAGGUUCAAGCACACUCGAUGAAAUGCCUGACGAUAGCGUGACGAAUGAAAACGUCGAUGAAAGUUCUGCAAGCGUCGGCACUGAUACCGAAGGCAAUGUUGAUCACGAAUCAAGCACUGCAUCGAGUGACGAUCAAAUGCCACUCUCUGAGAGCGUGCGCAAUGCAUUCGGCACGUAUAUGCGCGACGAUCGUGAGAGUCGUAAGCGCCAGCGCCAAUCCGAGCAACAGAAAGAAAUGGGAGUGCCAGCUAAAUGGAAACCACGCCAAAAUCUACGUUACGUAUUAGCUGCACGCCUGGUAUAGAACCACUAAUAAAGUAUGU